AGAAGCAUUUAUAUAUUAUGGUUGUUUAUUGUUUGUGUUCCGUCAUUGGUUGUUACUGAUUGGAAUUUGCAGCAGCUGUGGGCCAUGCCUUGAUUGCAGAGCACAAAAGCCAGGUUACACCAUGUUCAACCUGUGCUGGUGAAGGGUCUGCUUCAGUGGGAAGCAGCAGCCAUAGAGAAGAUGGGGUUGAUGCAUGCUGGGCUUCUAUUGCUGUUUUGCUCUGCUUAUAGCUACCAGUUCAGAAGCCAAACUGGAUAUGGUAGAGCAAUAAGAGAGCCUGAAGAAGAGUGGAGGAAAAUGGAGACGGCGAUCGAUGAAGAAAUGCGCUCAGAACUUGGCUUGAGGAGUAGUGCCUCCAAUCUCCCAAAAGCCACAGCAGCGUCUUUUCCUAUGUUUAAACGUGUGCCGAAAUUCAAGUAUCCCAAAGAGGCUUUUAAGCCAGAAAAAGGUGUCAGAAAGCUCCCUGAUUUUGCAAAGGACAUUUUGCUUGUCCCUUCCUCCACUGACUUCAACAAUUGGCAACCGGUACCAACAGAAACUGCAGUGGGAAAAGCAGUCAGACCUAAACUGGUAGAAUUGUUGUGUCAUAUUGACAGAAUAUAUGUAAGGAUUAGGAAUGAGGUUUUUAAGAAGCUAAGUAGUGCUAAAGACGUAAAACUGGGUAAAUGCUCUACUAAUGCUGAUAGUGAAACAUAUACCUUCUUCCUGUACCGUCUGACAGAUGACUGUGGAUUCGUUUUGGAGAAUAAACCGGAUAAUAUGGUCAUCAAGACUGUGCUCCAGUACAAGCCAUCUGGUAACAUUGUUCGGGAAAUUCCUUUUACCAUCCCCCUGCAGUGCAAUUACCACAGGUCAUUUCUCUCUUACAAAGUUGGCUUCUAUCCCAAACUACAAGGAGGCACUGUUUUCAAAGCGCUCCAACCCAAACAAAGUGCAAUUCUUGUUCCUCUUGAUGCAUUAGGGAACGAAAUCACAGGUACCAAAACCUACACCCUGGGUCAGCUGAUGUACUUCAUGGUGAAGACACCAGACCAGACUGCAAAGUCUGGAAACACAAGGAUCUACAUCAACAAGUGCUUCAUGACUCCUACCCAAAACCCCAGCUCCAGCACGAGACACGUAGUCAUCAGCAACCAGGGGUGUAUGGUUGACGGCAAGGAGACUGCACAGUCCAAGUUCCUCACCAGUUCUUCAAAGCUGAUCCAGAAAUUCACAGUGGCUGCCUUUGUUUUCACGGACAGUCUUUCCACUUCUGGCACGUCAAAGAAACUCUACAUGCACUGUGAGGUCUCGAUGGGGAAACUUACUCCAACGUCCUCUUCCAAGGCAUGCAAUUAUGACAUGGCAGGCAAAAAGUGGAAGGAGCUCUAUCAUGAUGACUCGGUGUGCGUCUGUUGUGAAACCUCUUGCCCCUCAGCACAGCCCAAGGCCUCCAGGAAGACCAUUUCCAGUCCCUCAUGGCGGGUUGACCUGAGCAGGGAUGGAUCUGUGGAUGUUGAACCUCUGAUAUCUGACGUCUACGUAUCGGAGGAUCCUGACGUUGCGGAGCAAAGUGACUUUGUAAACUACUGGGAGCAUGAUGACUAAACUUCUGUUUUUUUUGUUUGUUUUUUUUUUUUAAAUAAAAGUGGCAUGGU